AUGGAGCAAGCCGACGCAAACCAGAUGGAUAUUUUUGCGGACGUUGACCCGCGUCGAUUAUCGCAAAAUAGUGCCAGCGUACCAGGCGUGUCUAUGCCAAAUUUCGCGCAUCGAGAAGGAGCAUCAGUAGUACCGCCGAUGAUAAUCCAGCCGCCAUCGCAGCCUACGUCGACGCCAUCGCUAAACAAUGCGUCACCAGCCAUCAUUAGCAGCGCGGAUAGUGCAACGAUGCUGCAAAUGAUGAAUUUGCUUCAACAGCAAAUGACACAGCAGCGGCAGCUGCUUAAAGAUUUUCUUCACGCGCACAUGCCGAGCCAAUGCGCCCCACCCACCACCUUGCAGCCUGAACAAAUAAUUGAUACUCUGUCUCACCACAUUUCAGAGUUUCAAUACAACAAGGAGACUGGUAUAACCUUCAAAAGCUGGUUUUCACGCUAUCUCGACCUGUUCCAGAAGGACGCGGCAAGGAUCGACGACGCAGCCAAAGUGCGAUUGUUGCUGCGCAAACUGGGACCAUCCGAGCACGAUCGCUACUUAAGCUUCAUCAUGCCGAGCCGCCCGCCGGAUUUUUCACUCGAGCAGACUGUGGAAAAACUUACAUGCCUGUUCGACACCCAAGAAUCGCUGCUGAGCAAGCGGUUCAAAUGCUUGCAGAUCAUGAAGACGCGGACCGAGGAUCAUCUCAGCUAUGCGUGUCGAAUUAACAAGGCGUGUGUCGAGUUCGAGCUGAAGAAGUUGAACGAGGAAGAGUUCAAGUGUUUGCUGUACGUGUGCGGGUUGAAAGACGAGAUCGACGCAGACAUCAGGACGCGACUGCUAGCCCGCAUUGAGGAUAAGGCCUGCGUGACCUUGCAACAGCUUUCUUCAGAGUGCUAUCGGUUAAUCAACCUGAAAAAGGAAAGCGCAAUGAUCGAGGCACCGGUACCAGAGCGUGUUCUAGCAGUAAACACAAAAAUGCAUCGCGCACCACGUCAGUUCCAACCCAAGCGCGACAAUCCUACUACCCCUUGUUGGUCGUGCGGAGGGCUGCAUUGGAGCCGCGAUUGCCCGUACAAGCAACACCGAUGCACAACAUGUUCCCGGACGGGCCACAAAGAAGGCUAUUGCAACACCAUAAGAUCCCGUAAGCCCGGCAAACGCCCCUGGAAGCAGCGUAAAACACAAUUAAGGAUGGUGACAGUGAACGUCCAGAGUGUACAGCAACGGCGCAGAUACGUGUCACUUACGAUGAAUGGUACACCGGUUCGUAUGCAGUUGGACACGGCUUCCGACAUUACUGUGAUAAAUCAUACAACGUGGAAGCUCAUUGGCAGUCCCCAGUUAGCAGCACCAUCCGUAAUCGCUAGAACCGCCUCAGGUGCUAACCUAUCCCUGGAAGGAGAGUUUCCGUGCACUGUCGAAGUGAAUGGACAGGCAAAGCAAACCGUGAUUCGCGUCUCGAAAUCGCGUUUGUUACUUUUAGGUGCUGAUGUUAUCGACGCGUUUGCUCUAUGGUCGGUUCCGAUGGACAGUUUUUGCUGCCACGUUACAGGCCUAUGUAAAAAGGCAGGGGUUACCUUGACGCUGAAAGACAACUGCCGUCCAGUCUUUCGUCCAAAAAGACCCGUUGCAUACGCUAUGCAAGAGCCUGUAAAUCUAGAGCUUGAUAGGCUAGAAAAGUUGGGCAUAAUAACACCUGUAAAGUUUUCUGAAUGGGCAGCACCGGUAGUAGUGGUUAAGAAGGCAAACGGGAAAAUUCGGCUAUGUGGCGAUUAUUCCACUGGAUUGAACGAAGCGCUAAGACCACAUGAUUACCCGUUACCACUCCCAGAGGACAUAUUUUCAAGGCUGUCCAACUGCACCAUGUUCAGCAAAAUCGACUUAACGGACGCUUUUCUCCAAGUCGAAAUCGAUCCUCAAUACAGACCGCUACUUACCAUAAAUACGCAUAGAGGCUUGUACCACUACAACCGCCUACCGCCCGGCAUCAAAGUUGCUCCUGCUGCCUUCCAGCAACUUAUGGAUACAAUGCUCGCAGGGCUUAAGGGCGUAUCAGGAUAUCUUGACGAUAUCAUCGUAGGAGGAAGUAGCGAACACGAGCAUGACACAAAUUUGGUAGAAGUAUUACACAGGCUUCAAGAAUAUGGAUUUACGAUACGAGCCGAUAAAUGUGCUUUUAAACAGCAGAAAAUCACGUACCUUGGACACGUGAUUGAUAGCCACGGGUUACGACCAGAUCCGUCAAAAAUCGAGCUUAUAAAGAAGCUCCCUGAACCGAAAGACAUAUCCGGUGUGAGAUCAUUUCUGGGAGCAAUUAACUAUUACGGGAAGUUCAUCCCGAAUAUGAGGAAGCUGCGUUAUCCGUUAGACAAUUUGCUUAAGGCAAAUAAUUCAUUCUGCUGGACGCCAGAAUGCAAAAAGUCGUUCGCAACGUUCAAGUCUCUCCUAUCGUCCGACCUACUUCUAACGCACUAUGAUCCACGGCAGAAGAUAAUCGUUUCUGCAGACGCUUCGUCCAUCGGCCUUGGCGCAACGAUUAGCCACGUGUAUCCUGGAGGUGCAAUGCGCGUAAUUCAACAUGCUUCCCGCGCCCUCAGUGAAGCAGAGCGUCAUUACAGCCAAAUCGAUCGCGAAGGCUUGGCUAUCAUCUUCGCUGUUAAAAAGUUUCAUAAAAUGAUCUUCGGCAGGCGUUUUGUUCUUCAAACGGACCAUCGACCUCUUCUUCAUAUUUUCGGCUCAAAGAAGGCAUAGAGUAUGUACGCACCGAUGACUUCGGAAACGCUGACUUGCUUUCGCGCCUGAUCAACACACAAGCCAAACCUGAAGAAGACACCGUGAUCGCAUGCAUAGAAACAGACAU